AUGCCGGACUAUAAAUUGUUGUAUUUCGAUAUUAGAGGACGAGCUGAAUGUGCACGAUUGAUCUUGAAUUAUGCGAAAAUACCGUUUGAAGAUGUGAGAAUACCUAAAGGAGAAUGGGAGAACAUUAAGGGGGAUAAGACAAGUAAGAUUUGAUGCUGGAACGUUUAGAGUAGCUGACUUAUUUUUAAUACUUUUUCUGUUCUCUAUAAUUAUUCUAAUUUCACUGUUCAAUAUACAUUUAGGGAAUUGAUAGAGCAUUGUUGAGGUAUGGCAUGGGCAGUGUCUAAGAAAGCUAUCGCUUUGAUAAGGAAAGUGUAGGGAAUGGUUGCGCUACCCAUGGUAGGGCAUGCAUAAGGUUAGGUACAAUACGGUCGGAUACUGUAUGAUGCGUAUUGUAAAGUAGGGUAGGGUUUGAGUAGGGAAAGGUAAAAUAAAGCAAUACACUGUAAAACAACCCGCUAUGUAGUCUCACCAUCUUUCUUACGUAUAAUGAUAUUCCAGGGUUCCCCUACGGCCAAGUCCCAGUUCUAUUGGUUGACAAUGUACCAAUUGCUCAAAGUAUGGCAUUAGUCAGAUAUUUGGCUGCUGAAGCUGGCUUGGCAGGCAAAAACAAUUUGGAAGCGGCCCAAAUUGGUCAAAUCGAAGAAACUUGUCGAAUCUUUAGUGAUUCUCUUGGAUUAUACAGGAAGGCUCUGUUCAUGAACACUCCUAAUCAGGUACCUUAUAUAACUGAUGUUUUUUACCACCUUAGAUUAAGUGUAAUGUAGGUAUGGAUCUAAAACCGAUUUUUUAGGGCUUAUUGUUAGGGGAUGCUUAGAUCAAGUGUAAUAUAGUAUUACUAAAACGUUAGCUUUCGUUUUAUGAAAGCCUGUACUAACAACGUGCUAAUGAAGACCCAAGCCUAAUGUAAUAUCAAUUUUUAUAUGAAACAUUCUAGGAAACCCUAUUCACAAACUUGUUCACACCAACAUGUGAGAAGCAGCUGCCAGUUAUAGAAGGUCAUAUCACCAGCAAUGGCUUCUUCCAUGAAUCCGGGGUUUCUUACGUAGACUUUUACUUUGCCGACUUGUUCAAAACCUUCUACAACGUUCAUCAAAAUGUCAUGUCCAAGUAUCCGAAGCUGGUUGAACACAUGAAAAAGGUGUUUGAGCUGCCUGAACUGCAAGCAUAUCUCAAGCAACGGAGCGAUAGCAAGUUUUAA